GCGUGGUGAAAUCACGUGCGUGUUGAUCCGCGCUGCAGCAAUGUGCCUCGGCUCAGCCCGCAGCCUUUUUCUCAAUUUGCAUUCACACCGAGGCUGCUUUCACGUCCCACGAGGUGUGUAAUUCUAGGGCCCUGCUCGACUAUAACGCAAAAUAGGAAAGUUUUUUUUUUUUUUAAGGCAGGGGUUUUUGGACUCGCUUUCUCUUAACCCUUCUUAUUUGUUUGCUUUGGACAAUCUCUCGCCUGGCUGGGCUCGUCGCGUGAAAAAAAAAAAAAAAAAAGCUGCGCGAUGCAUCGUGGGCUGGGAAGCCACUAAACAAGACGGACAUCUACACUAGGCGAGGAGACGAGGAUGACGAGGGCGGCGACGGCUUCACCAAAUUUAGCCUCCAAGUGCUCGACGGCCAUGGCUUCCCCUAAGCUGUUCCUCUGGCUCUUCAUCGCCCUCAACCUCCCCACCAGCUCCUUUCAGACUGAUGAUGACGACGAGGUGGCCAACAAGACGUGGGUGCUGACCCCAAAGGUGUACGAGAGUGAUGUCACGCACAUCCUCAAUGGGCUACUAGACGGAUAUGACAACAAACUGAGGCCCGACAUUGGAGUUAAACCCACAGUGAUCCACACUGACAUGUUUGUCAACAGCAUUGGUCCAGUGAAUGCCAUCAAUAUGGAAUACACCAUCGACAUCUUUUUUGCCCAGACCUGGUACGACAGAAGGCUAAAAUUCAACAGUACAAUGAAGGUUCUGCGUCUCAACAGCAACAUGGUCGGAAAGAUCUGGAUCCCAGACACGUUUUUCCGCAACUCGAAGAAGGCCGACGCCCACUGGAUCACUACACCCAAUCGCAUGCUUCGGAUCUGGAAUGACGGGCGAAUUCUCUACACGCUCAGGUUGACCAUCGAUGCCGAAUGCCAGCUGAAAUUGAACAACUUUCCAAUGGACGAGCACUCAUGUCCCCUGGAGUUUUCAAGCUAUGGCUACCCCAGGGAGGAGAUUGUGUACAAGUGGAAGAGGAGCUCAGUGGAGGUUGGAGACAUCCGCUCCUGGAGGCUUUACCAGUUCUCCUUUGUGGGCCUGAGGAACACCUCGGAGAUUGUCAGGACGGUCUCAGGUGACUAUGUGGUGUUGGCGGUCUUCUUUGACCUGAGUAGGAGAAUGGGCUACUUCACCAUCCAAACCUACAUCCCAUGCACUCUCAUUGUUGUCCUCUCCUGGGUCUCAUUCUGGAUCAACAAGGAUGCAGUACCAGCCAGGACAUCAUUAGGCAUCACCACAGUGCUGACCAUGACCACGCUGAGUACCAUAGCAAGGAAGUCUCUUCCUAAAGUCUCCUAUGUGACAGCCAUGGACCUGUUUGUGUCCGUCUGCUUCAUCUUUGUCUUCGCUGCACUAAUAGAGUAUGGCACGUUGCACUACUUUGUAAGCAAUAGAAAACCAAGUGCCAAAAAAGACAAGAAGAAGAAAAACCCGCUCCUCCGGCUCUUUUCCUCCAAGCAGACGCCCACGGUGGACAUCCGCCCGCGCUCAGCCACGGCCAUCCAGAUGAACAACGCCACGCACAUGCAGGAGCGCGACGAGGAGUACGGCUACGAGUGUCUGGACGGGAAGGACUGCACCAGCUUCUUCUGCUGCUUCGAGGACUGCCGCUCGGGGGCGUGGCGACACGGCCGCUUGCACAUCCGCAUCGCAAAGAUUGACUCGUACGCGCGCAUUUUCUUCCCCACUGCGUUCGGUCUCUUCAACCUGGUCUACUGGGUCUCCUAUCUCUAUCUCUAAGAGCGCGUAUUCAGCCUUAUAAGCGUGCUCUUUACGUUGUGUGGGACAUUCCUUCAAGAUGGGGGACGCCACCAUUUUUUAUUUGAGCACUUCCCUAAUUUACAGUCUUCAUUGGAUCGGAUUCAUAAGUGUAGGCACGGUAGAAGUCGCAAAUCCUGUAGCAUUACUUUUAAGCGACAUGAAGAGAUCGAUAAACGCUGAUUAAAAUUAUUCCUGUGCGUGUUAAUCUGUUCAUUGUGCCAAUGCCUCAUUUGGUUUGUUUUUAGUUUACGGGUGGACAAAUGGAAGUGACCCACUGUUUGUCGGUAUUACAUAUCCAAAUAGAGUGGUACCUUGACUUACAAAUGCAACAACUUACAAGAACCUCGUAGGUCAAGUUACCACUGGACUACAAAGUGUCAAGCACAUUAAUAGAGUUAUAAUUAGGGAUGGGCAUUUGAUUACAUUUUAUCUGGGGCAAUGAACUAUCAAUGAAUCGUUUGUUUUUUGUUUUUAUUGGAGAAGCUCUCCCUAUAUGUUCUGAACUCCUGUUUACAUCCCUGUGUUGUUCUGAGUAGGAUUGUUGAGUGGUUUCUAUGCAGGGGGUCUGCGUGGAUUGGAGCUCACAUUUCCAUAGUUGACAUCAUAUUUUUCUUCUUUAAACAGCAAACUGGUUGGGACAAAAUCAACAGUGCAGCCAAGUAGAGUGCUCCGUUUUUCAGACAGGAUUAGUUCAUCAGCUGACCAAAUUCUUCAAGGCUUCAAGGAGUUUAAUUGUCAUAUCAACACACAUUUACACAUGAUAGGGCACGAAAUUUUAUACCGAAGGUCCCAGAUUAGCCCAGUGAGUCUCCUGACUUGUGAAAUAUGAACAUAAUAAGAAAAUGAAAAAAAAAAUGUAAAAGGUAAAACAUACUUAUUUGCAGUUGUCAAUGUGUGCAAAGGUGCAAAUGCAACAAGGAUUUGGAUGCAGCAGAAAUCCAAAUGCCAGAAGCUUGAAUUUGAAAAGGCUACGGAGCACUGUUCAAGUUUAACAGUCUGGCCCUGCACUGGAUGCUCUGUUGCCUUCUGCCUGAGGAGAGAGGGGGGGAAGAGAGUGUGUGCGGGAUGGGUUGAGUCUUUGAUAAUGCAGAGAGCCCUCUUUCUGCACCUGCUGGUGAAGAUGUCUGUAGUGGUUGGAAGGCAAUUCUCCACCUCUUACUGUCUUACGCUUACUGUCUUUUGUGUACUUUUCCAUGUUUCCAUGAGUGUUACAGAGAUGUGUACUUCCCAUAAGUCUUUUUUUUUUUUUUUUUUUUUUACUUCUUGAGACAGCAAACUAGCGAUCGACUCAACAGCGCCUGUGGUAGUCGAUGCCAGGUAGCACACUCAAUUUUACAGCAGCUGCUUCAAAUCCACAUAAUUCUUAACAACCAAUUAAUCGAUUACGAUGCCCAUCCCUAAUUGAAAUGUUUUAAUUUGGCUGAUGUGAUAGCGCAAGUAAUUGUCUAACAUUUUUACGUGUAGUCAAAAGCGAUGAUGAGGAUGAUGACGACGCCGUUCAUGGAUAACUGUACAGAUACUGUAAAUCUUUUACGCAUUGUGUGUUUAUAUUUAUUGCAUGCACCUUUCAAGGCCAGAAAAAAAUACAUGCAUUUCUGUUGUCAACUACUGCUGGGUGUCAUUCAAGGUUCAAUUCCAGACAAUUAAAAAAUAUCUUUACAUGCAGGUGGAAAGGUCAGCCCCAAGAAUUUAUGUUCCCGACAGCUUUCAACGUAGGGAACAUUUACUAUUAAAAGCGAGCAUUUCCAUAAUGCGUUGUCUGUAUGCAAGAGACGCAAGGAAAGGUACUUUACAAUAUGACUGUGUGCUUGUGCUUCACUGCUUGAGAAAACUGCAGCCAUCUCAAAGAAAACCUUGUUACUAAUCAACAUUCCAAAGGGGAUGUCAGUCCAGACACCGGUAGAUCAUUUGUGGAGCUCACUUCUUCUAAGAUGACACAAAACUCAAAGUUUAACCAUUUUCAUUUACUUAUUCAUUUAUUUUUACGAGCAGUUGUGCAAGCCUUAUUAUUGAGCAUCUCACUUCAUGUUUGAUUGCGCCGAAAGUCAUGAAUGUUCAUUUCCUCCAAUCUUUUUCCUUUGAAUGGUGUUGUGUUGAGAAAGGACACUACAAAAGUGUUGUAAAUGUCGUGUAAUAUAUGACGCACAUAAGACACGGAUGGGGAAAAAAAAAUGAGCGUUUUUGAUAAAUGACAUCAAUGUCACAAAAAAGUGUGUGUAUAAAUCACAUUCUGAUGUACAUAAAUUAGGAAAAGAAGAAAACCCUUGGGAUUUUCUAAAAAAACAAAGGGUCUAUAUAAAUAUAUAUAUUUUGUAAUUUCAGCUUGUCACAUUAUAUCAAAUUACAGUAUAUUAGACUUAUUUAUUGCCCUAGAAUAAUCCAAGGGUGUGGGGUAUUUAUUAUUUAUUUAAGGGAUUUAUUUCAUUGAAAUAAAUUGUACUUUAUGUUCAUAUAGUCUUCAAAAAAAAAAAGAAAAACCUGCAUUCAUAUCAAGGGUGCAUUUUUUAGUCAGUAUGUCAAUGGAGCUUUAGCCUGACUUCUCUUGUGUUCUUUCUAUAUUGUGGUCGAUGUUCUCACCGACGUCUGUCCAACUGUUGUUUGUUAAAAUGUGACUUUGCUUUUAUGGAGCUUCAAAAUACUUUGACUGGAGAGUAAAAAAACAACAACACAAGUUUCAAAGAACAUCGUUCAAGUGAUUUUUUUUUAUCAGGCAUUUGUCAACCUCAAGAACUAGGUUGGGGAACCUUUUUUCCUGUCAGCGCCCAGUUACGUUUUUAUAAAGUCCUUCAAGGGCCAUACAGAGUUUAUAAAAAAAAAAAAUUCAAUUAUUGAACAGAUGUUCAUCAUUAUAUUUCAUGAGCAUUUGCAGAUUAAAUAGUUCUGAGGUUUUUUUUUUUUUUUUUUUUUUUUUCAUUGCACACCAGGUAGAAUCAAAUGCUCUUAUUUGCCUGUUCUAGAAGCGUCUUUUGAAGCAAAAAAUUUUGCUAGCCACCAGUCACCACCAGUUUCCUGUACGUUUUAAAUCAAACGUUGUUCUGUUCCUCUUAUGUUCACAAACUGCCACACUAGUGUCAUUGUCACAUCUUCACAUGACUGUUCUUCCUCUGUGUUUUGUACUUACAGUGCUACAGACUUAAAUGCCAACCUGAUACAUUGUUAAAGAGAAAAGUAAACUACAUAUCAUUUUUGUGGGCGGGUUCAAAUCUAAAUGAAGACAAUGACAUGUGACCGUGCACUGCAACUCGUCUAUGUGUGUAUUCAUAUCAUAAUCCUUAUAUCCUAAAUCUGAAAACCUACAACGGUACAGAUGACAAAAAAAAAGUACCGUCAUUUCUCGUGUAUAAUGCGCAUUUAUUUCCCGAAAAAAUGGUCGAAAGUCAAUAGUGCGCAUUAUACAUAGGUGCAAGGGGGGGGAGAAAUCUCAUUUUAUAAAUGUAUGCUCCCAACUAGUGGUUGUGAAAAAGCUGUACAGUUUCAUUCCAAAAUGCCACCACCACCUUGUGGUUAUGAGAGAGGUUUAUUUACACUUUCAUUCUAAUAUGCCACCGCCACCUAGUGGCUAUAAAAAAUGUGUAGCGUACACUUUCAUUCCAAUAUGACAGGGGUAGUAUGACUGCAUAUAUGUACAGUUGUGCUCAUAAGUUUACAUACCCUGGCAGAAUCUGUGAAAUAUUUUUUUGUUUUUUAAAUAUGACUGAACAGCAACCAUCAUUAAUUUCUUUAUGGUUAUGUUUUGUAUUAUGAUAAUGCUUUUCUGAAAUGCUUGACCGUUAAAUUUGAAUUCCAUUAAAAUAAAAUUAAAUGUGUUUCACCUGGUCCUUUAUCCAUCCAUCCAUCCAUUUUCUUCACUGCUUACCUUCACUCGCGUCGCGGGCUGCUGGAGCCUAUCUCAGGUAUCUUCGGGCGGGAGGCGGGGAACACCCUGAACCGGUCGCCAGCCAAUCGCAGGGCACAUAGAAACAAACAACCAGUCGCACUCACACCUACGGGCCAUUUUAGAGUCUUCAAUCAAUCUACCGCGCAUGUUUUUGCGAUGUGGGAGGAAACCCACAUCGAUGCCCGGAGAAAACCCACCCAGGCACGGGGAGAACAUGUAAACUCCACACACGGGGGGGGGUGACGGGAUUUGAACCCCGGUCCCCAGAACUGUGAGGCAGAUGUGCUAACCAGUCGGCCUGGUCCUUCAUGUUUUCUUUAAAUAAUUGUACCCAUCUUACAAAUUCUGCGUGGGUAAUUAAAUAUAUGAGCACAGCUGUGUUUUCUAAUUUACUAAAUAAAAGUAAGGCUGUGAAUUUCAAAAUAAGAGCAAGUAAAUAAAAAAAAGUAUUCCGUGUUCUAAUAAAGUGCUUAACUUCAGAAUAAUUCUUUGAAAAAAACUAACAAAACACAAAUAAUACUUCAUAUUUUGAUCAUAUGGGUAGAAGCAAAAUCAUGCAUUAUAAAAAUACAUUAUACAUAGGUAGAACGGUUUUCCAGAAUUUUGAGGUCAACUUUGGGGGAUGCGUAUUAUACACAGGAAAUGACGGUAUUUGUUAACUAUUCUACAUUUGUUGUAGUUUAUUCAUCAUGUGUCAAAUGUAAAGAAGUGGGGACUGCAAUGAAGUGUGUGCAUGUUGAAUGUUUAGUUUCACAUUAAGCAUUAAGUUUGCAAAAUAGGACCAAAUCAAUUAGUUUUUGUUACUUCACUGUAUUUAUUUUGGGAGCCGGAAAUACAGCAUACAAAACAUUUUCUACAGCUAUCUAUGUUGAAAAAAUAUGUAAAAUAAAAUCAAGCAUCGUAAGUGGUCAAAAUGGAUUAAAUUCUCCUGCGUACAUCAGUUGUUUGGUAUCUAUGUAAUUCUUGAGUUCUGUGUACAAAAAGGGAGAACGGCGUCUGCAUAGUAUCCAAACAUACUUUUCAGAAGGGAAAUUGCACAUAUCUGUGAAAUUUUACAAUAAAAUUGGUGCAUUUA